AUGAGCACCGGCAGCUCUGAUAGCAUGAGCAUGAGCAUGGGUGGCAUGGACGGCAUGAACUCCUGCAAGAUCUCGAUGUUGUGGAACUGGAAUACCAUCGAUGCCUGCUUCCUCUCCGAACAAUGGCACAUCACCUCCCGCGGCAUGUUCGCCGGCUCCUGCAUCGGCGUCAUCUGCCUCGUCAUCUGCCUCGACUUCCUCCGUCGCGUGGGCCGCGAGUACGACGCCUUCAUCGUCCGCCGCGCCCGCCUGAGAAAACAGUACCUCUCCGCAACCGCCUCGUCCCAAGGCCUGACCGCAGCCACCGACAGCGGCGCCGAGGACUCUCACGGCUCCACCGUCCCAGCCCAAGGUGUCGAAGGCGCAGCAGCCUCCAAAGGCGCAGCCCAGACGACCUGCAACGCGUUCGAGGACAAGACGCCCGUCCGCCCCACGCUGAUCGAGCAGUUGGUCCGCGCCCUGCUGCAUAUGCUCCAGUUCGCGGUGGCGUACUUUGUCAUGUUGCUGGCCAUGUACUUCAACGGGUACAUCAUUAUCUGUAUCUUCAUCGGGGCGUUCCUGGGUGCUUUCAUCUUCUCCUGGGAGCCCUUGAAUCUGCAGAGGGAGUAUGUCGUUCUCCUCCCUUUCCCCCGUUACUUCUUCGGAUGGUAUACGGCGUGCUCAAACUGA